CUCCUGAGGGCACCCUUCUUACAAGGGUUGUAAUCAUAACCUUGGUCCAUAAUGGGGGAAGAAGUCCUGCCCUGCACCCUCGUUGUGCCUCACACUGUCCUUCCCUUAGCACAACAGCCGUAGACUCACAGAUCCUUCACAGUCCCAAAGGACCAGGAUGGAGGAGCACAGUGGCAACCAUGGCUAGUGUUUCACUCGAGGAGAAAGAAAGAUCCAGGGGAAAAACAUAGGGAAAGCAAUCAUUUUGUAGGGUUAACAGUAAUCCUGUGUGUUUCCUCAUCUCUGGUACAGAAUUCGUUAUUAACAAUGAUGAUGAUGACGAACCACGUGUCCUUGCUUUUCCAUGUGCACAGGCUGUGUGUUGUGCAUGGCUGCCCAACUGACCAAGGAUGGGAAUGCAAGCGUUGUGAAGGAGUUCAUUCUCAUCGGCCUCUCUGAGAAUCGAGGUGUGCAGGAGGUGUACUUUGUGACGUUCCUUUGCUUCUAUACGAUUAACGUGGUGGGAAAUCUGCUCAUUAUUGUCACCGUCAUUAGCAGCCAACAUCUGAACUCCCCCAUGUAUUUCUUCCUCUGCUACUUGUCCUUUGUAGACAUCUGUUACUCCUCCGUCACAGCUCCCAAAAUGAUUGCCGACUUCCUUGUCGAAAACAAAACCAUCUCCUUUGCGGGCUGCAUAGCACAGCUCUUUGGGGCCCAUUUCUUUGGCUGCACGGAGAUGUUCAUCCUCACAGCGAUGGCCUACGACCGCUACACGGCCAUCUGCAGACCUCUGCACUACACCGCGCUCAUGACCAGGCGCGUGUGCGGCCGCAUGGUGGUGGGCUCGUGGGUGGGAGGCUGCGUGCACUCCGUCGUGCAGACUCUUCUGACCGCUCGGCUCCCCUUCUGUGGCCCCAACAAAGUUGACCACUACUUCUGCGAUGUCCACCCCCUGCUACGACUGGCCUGUGCUGACACCUACGCCGUCGGCGUCAUCGUCAUCGCCAACAGCGGGAUGAUAACUCUGAGCUCUUUCUUCAUCCUGGUGGUGUCUUAUGUGGUGAUCUUGGUUUCCUUGAGAAGUCACACGUCCAAAGGACGGCGCAAGGCUCUCUCCACCUGUGGGUCCCACAUCACAGUGGUGGUUCUGUUCUUCGGGCCGUGCACGUUCACCUACAUACGCCCACCCAGUGAUCUCUCGAGGGAGAAGAUCGUGGCACUGUUUUACACCAUCAUCACCCCCAUGCUGAACCCCCUCAUCUACACACUGAGGAAUAAAGAGGUAAAGAGUGCCAUGAGAAAACUGUGGGGCAGAAGAGUAGGAAGUGAAAAGGGAAAGGUAUAGAACCGUGGCCAGUUUUUCCAAAGGAUCUCUCAUACGAUGUAUUUGGUCAGCGUUGCCACAAAAAUGCCUUUGGAAUAAAAUCUUGUUGUUCGCUCAUGUUGAAGAUUCAUCUUUUGAUUUGCAGGACAUGGUAAACUCUGUGACAAGUUGGCACUUCCUUUCUGUUCUCUUGACAAUGAGCACAGGCCCCCAGCAGGGCUCCCAGCCACUACCUGAAACACCAGCAAAUAGAUAAAUGCUAUCAAAAAUACUGGAUGUGCUGUAGGAUCUCAACGAGUUCUCAAUUAAAGCUCUGACACAAGGUGUCAGCUGGGUCAUUUUCUGAGGCAGGUGAUGGGAAUGAAGGCUUUUUCCUUUCCUCUGCAGUGCAUCAAGUCUUUUCUGCAGUACCUC